ACUUCGUAGUCCUCAUCUGCGGACGUAAGGGGCCAGCUCUGUCUUCAAGACGCCGUGGCACCUCACCUGUGCGUAUUGAGACGUCAAAGCCAACAGUUUUCGGUUACUGAGAAGUCUGAGAACCUUGCAGAGGUCUUAAAGACCAGGAAAAGGUCGUCAAUCUCUCCCAAGACACGUCUGAAAAAGGUCAAGGUACUGUAUGCAGCACGGUCAGCUAUGGAUGCAAGAGAACGGGAGGGGAAAGAAAAGGAGCUGCAGAAGGCUGCAAAGAAAGGAGUCACGGGCAGAGUGCAGCAGCUGUUAGCGGAGGGAGUCAACCCUGAUGCUGGUGGUGGCUAUAGGCAAGGAAGUUCUCUGCACAAGGCAGCCUAUCAUGGGCACCAUGGAACUGUAUCAGCUUUACUGAGAGCUGGUGCAGAUGUGAACGCAUGGGACAACAAACAAUCCAAAAGAACCCCUCUGCACAAGGCAGCCGAAAGGGGCCACCAUGAAACUGUAUCAGUUUUACUGAAAGCUGGUGCAGAUGUGGACGCACGGAACGAGUGGGAAUACACGGCACUCCAUCUCGCAGCUAUACAGGGCCACCCAAAGUGUGCGGAAAUACUGCUGCAGCACGGGGCUGAUACCGGCAUCAAGAACGAGAAAGGUCGAACGGCGGAGGGGAUUGCUGCAGAUGAGAACACCUGGGGCUCCUUUGCGCAAAUGAAACAUCAGAAAGAACGAGUCACUCGUGGUAGAAAGGAAAUACUGGAGCUUUUCCGAGAACACAAGGAUCAGUGGAAGGCUUUACACAAGGCAGCCUAUAAUGGCCAACAUGAAACUGUAUCAGCUUUACUGUCGUCUGGUGCAGAUGUAAACACACGGGACAACAAACAAAAAACGCCUCUGCAUCUGGCAGCCGAAAAUGGCCAUCAUGAAACAGUAUCAGCUUUACUGACAGCUUUUGCAGAUGUGAACGCACGGGACAAUGAAGAGAGCACCCCCCUUCAUGAUGCAGCUUCACGGGGCCACCCCAAGUGUGUGGAAAUACUGCUGCAGCACGGGGCUGAUACCAGCAUCAGGAACAAGAAAGGUCGAACGGCGGAGGACAUCGCUGCUGAUGGGGACACCACGGGCGCUUUUGCGAACAACAAAGAUGAGGAAGAACUAAUCAUUCAUGGUAGAAAAGAAAUACUGAGGCUUCUCCGAGAACAAAAUAAUAGAGUCUCCAAACGUAAGAAGGGGUUCGAUCCUGUACUCGUCCGGUACUUCGAGAAAGGAAUGACCAAGGCGAAAAAGGAUUGUCCUUUGAUAAAAGAAGCAGCGAAAGAGAGUGGGAAAACAGAAGAACAAACUUUUAUCGGCAACUACCGCAAGAGUCUGGACGACAAGAAGCGGAGACAGUCCACAGACGACACGGCCGCUGGGUACAGUGGGUUCACGGGAUAUCAUGAAGACUCAGGAAUGUCGGAUGAGGACAUCAGGAACAAUGAUUAUGAGAGAGAAGGAGUCAGUCAGAGCCAAAAUGAAAUAUUGAAGCUUCCGCGACAACAGAAAGAUGGAAUCUCCAAACGUAAGAAGGGGUACGAUCCUGUACUCGUCCGGUUUUAUGAAGAAAGAGGAAUGACCGUGGCGAAGAAGGAUUGUCCUUUGAUAGAGGAAGCAGCAAAGAAGAGCGGGAAAACAGUCAAACAAGUGAGGAAUUUUAUCGCCAACUACCGUCGGAGGCAGGCCUUCGGUGAGGGAAGCCUGCCCACAGACGACAUGGCUGCUGGAAACAGUGGGUUCACAGGAUCUCAUAAUUCAGGAAUGUCGGAGGAGUCAGAUGAAUUGGAGGAAACCAUGGAGGAAGUCUUAUCGGAACAAGAAGAAUCACACACAGAGACAUUGUCACGAACGCAUGAAGCAGUCGAGCAGUAUAGCGACAGGAACAACCCCACAGAUGAGGGCGAGACAAGUCAGGUUCAACUAGCUGAUGGACCUUUGAUCGUCAGGAGCGAAGCGUCCCAGAUACAACCAAAGAAAGGUGGAAAGAGAAAAUCCAAAACGCGACAUAUUGGCGAGUCCAGCGAAAGUGGUACCUUGACAAAGCGACCAAAGCAAGCUGUAGCCCAGCCUGGCCCCAUCACCAUUGCUAAGGAAACAGAAAACAGCAUCAGGAUCACCUGGACAGAGGCAGCUGGUACUAAAGACAGCUACAGUAUCAGCAUCUCUCCUACUGAUGGUAUCACCGCUCCUAGUGUACGUGUGAACCCUGGGGACCCACUGGAACACACCUUCACUGGUUUGACAGCAGGAACUGAGUACACCAUCAGUGUUGUAACUGUCAGUGGUGGGGCAAAGAGUCCUCCGACAACAAAGACACAGAGGACAACUGUAGCCCAGCCCGGUGCCAUAAAAAUUACUGAAGUGACAGAAAACAGCAUCAGGACCACAUGGACAGCUGCGGCUGGAGCCAAAGACAGCUACAGGAUCAGCAUCAGUCCUGACACUGGUGUCAUCACUCCUUGUGUAAGUGUGAACGCUGGAGACCCACUAAAACACACCUUCUCUGGUCUGACAGCAGGAACUGAGUACACCAUCAGUGUUGUGGCUAUCAGCGGUGGGGUGAAUAGUGUGGCAAGAACAGCGACAAAGAGGACAAAUGCAGCCAAACCUGGCCCCGUCACCAUUGCCGAAGUGACAGAAAACAGGAUCACCUGGACAGAGGCAGCUGGCACCAAAGACAGCUACAGGAUCAGCAUCUCUCCUACUGAUGGUGUCACCGCUUCCAGUUCACGUAUUAACUCUGGACACCCACUGGAACACACCUUCACUACGUUAACAGCAGGAACUGAGUAUACCAUCAGUGCUGUAACUGUCAGCGGUGGGGAGUGCAGUGAUCCAACAAUAAAGGUGCAGAGGACAAAGUUCACGUCUGUUCUGUUGGUUAACUACGAGUACGGCACGUCCCAUGGAGGUCCCUCUACCACAAACCGUCAGGUGGCGCAGUUUCUGCAACGGCAUGGUGCUACAGUUCAUGCUACAGCUGUCAAAGCAUCUGAAGAAGACGAGCGGUGUGCAACAGAGGAUAAUGUCACCCUGCAUCUGCCUGUCCAAGAACCAAGGGACAAGAGGACACCUUCUUUGGAAUGGUUGACCUACUACCACAGCAUCCACUACCUAGGUAUACCACAGGAUCUGAAGUGCAUUGUGGGCCAUGCAGGUGUCUCAAGUGAAGCUGCAAAGAGCAUACAAAAGACCCGCUGUCAACAGGCAAAAUUGGUCCUUUUCAACCAUGACAUACCAGAAGAGACGGAGCACUACAAGGGAGCUGAGAAAGCGAUGACCGCAGGGAAGAAGAUGGAAGACAUCCUCGAAGAUGCCAAGAAUGCAGAUGCCGUGUUCUCCUUGGGAAGAAGAAUCUACGACUACUUCGAGACGAAGUACAUGUCACUUGGAGAAAGCAAACCAGGACAACACUUCUUGUUUCUCCCAAGACCAUCCCCAGUGUUUGAAGCUAUCUCUGUCAGACCAGGAGGAGGGCAGAAAGUCGUGCUGUCUGUAGGGAGAGUGACCGAAGUGGACAAGCUGAAGGGCCAUGACCUCAUAGCACGGUCCUUGGGGGAGGUGGCACAGAAGAUCACAAACGUCAGUUUGCGUGUUCGAGGGAUAGAUGAAAAUGACUUUAAAGCAAGCAAGAAAAUCCUGGAGGAGAACCUGCACAGUGGUAACAUCAAUCCCAUCCUGCUGCCGUGUGGAACCCAGGAGGAUAUUGCUGAUGAUAUGAAGCAGGCCCACUGGUCCUGA